CUCUGGCGGUGUAGUAUCGAACUAUACUACAUCGCUUACAAAAUAGACUCUGAACAUAAAAAACAAUUUAGGCAAGUAAAAACGAUAAUCAGGUCAAUAGUUUAAAAAAACCGAUUGUGCAUAAAACCCGUAAACCGUCUCGUUAAACAAAAAUCGUGAAACGUCAGUUAACAUCCGCGUUAAUCUAGUAACCCGCAUUCGAAUCGAUUUUAAAAAUUAUUGAUCAACACGAGCCCAAAUAAUUUCAGUGUUUACAAGUUUCGAAUAUUUGUAGUCGGACUGGAUCUAAAACCCUAAUGUGUUCUGAAUUUUGUGAUGUUAAAAGUCAGUGUUUCGUGUUCAAUUUAUUUGACGAGAAAUAAAACGGAGUACCUUUCACUUGUUACCUUUUUGAAUAGUUUAUGAACGUUGAGUUGUCUUAAAAUUUUAACCACAGUUGUCACUACCGAAUUUUAAUUGCAUCAAUCCCAGCAGAUCAUUGUAAGAGAGGCCUUUACACUGAGAAAUCCAUUUUCAUCGGAUGAAAUUCAAAACGUAAUAAUAAUUCAGAAGCAAUACGCCACAAUUUCGUUAAAAGACGUAAUAAUAACUCAUUAAGACUGUCUCAGACUGAUUUCGACUGAAAGAAAAAUCACCAGAUCGACUGAUCCAACACCAAUUUGUCUAAAACCGUUCGGUUUUUUUGGUGUCCAUUGGAUUUUGACUGUUCGGUGUUUUUAAUCUGUAAAUCUCUAAUCGAUGUUAGGUGUUUUUUAUAAAUUCACUUUAUAAUUCGACGUUUUUGUAAUAAAUUUUUACCAGCUUGCUAAUAUUAUCAUUGUUUAUUAAUUUAACGGAAACGAUAACGCAAAAGUGAUUUUUCGUACGUUGAUAUCAAUAAAUAUACACACGGUCGCGCGGUAAAUAUUUAAACUGGCAGGACAACAGGACAUCGUCACCAUUGAUCUCCAGGAGGUAGAGGAUGCGUCUUCUCCUCCUCCACCUCCCGAAACUCGAGGAGAAACCACUCCGACUUCAACAGCACAGCAGCCACCGCCAUCGACAUCACCUUCGAAUACCGUAAUGACAGCACAAAUCGAGAUAAUCCCGUGCAAAGUAUGUGGGGACAAGAGCAGCGGUGUUCACUAUGGUGUGAUUACAUGCGAGGGAUGUAAGGGGUUUUUCCGAAGAUCACAGAGUUCAGUUGUAAACUAUCAGUGUCCUAGAAAUAAAAACUGUGUUGUCGACAGGGUAAAUAGGAAUCGAUGUCAAUACUGCCGACUGCAGAAAUGUCUUCGGCUGGGAAUGAGCCGAGAUGCUGUCAAAUUCGGCCGAAUGUCGAAGAAGCAGCGAGAGAAAGUAGAAGACGAAGUCAGAUUUCAUAGGGCACAGUUAAGGGCGCAGAGCGAUUCUGCUCCUGAUAGUUCAGUGUUCGAACAACAAACACCCUCAAGUAGUGAUCAGUUACAUCAUAGUUACAAUGGCGGGUAUACGUACAACAGCGAUGUCAGCGCGUACACUCCAGCCUAUUACACGAAUACAACCCAAGUCCAAGCGAAUUCGAUGGGCUAUGACAUCUCCGCAGAUUACGUGGACAGUACAACAGCGUAUGAUCCGAGGCCGGGCCUGGACACACUGAACGACACGGGAAGCUUAAUGGCCAACGUUGUAACAACAGGGAAUACUAACACAAAUAGUGGUGAAGGGGGUGGUGGUGGUGGUGGUGGUGGAGGUGGCGGUGGAGGUGGCGGGAAACAAACAACAUUGUCGAUCUCUGAUUCUCGUUCUUUUAAACGGGUCAGUCAGACCUCCUCCAGUACGACACUGUCUGGAGGUACGGUGGUGUCUGUGAAACAAGAGGUGGCUGUGGACAGUUUGGUACCCAGUUAUGUAGAUAGCACCACUUUCGUUAAUUCUCCUACAGUACAACAAACUAACACAGUUAGGCAACAGACCAGUUCACAAAAUGUACAACAAAGAAGUGGCGACGAUUGUGAACCUGUCACAUUGCCUAAUCCAAGUCAGAUAUCGGAGUUAUUAUCGAAGACAAUAUCAGACGCACACACACGUACUUGUUUAUAUUCCCUCGAACAUAUUCACGAGAUGUUCAGGAAACCCCAUGAUCUCUCCCGACUUUUGUACUAUAAGAACAUGGCCCAUGAAGAGUUGUGGCUCGAAUGCGCCCAAAAACUCACAACAAUCAUCCAGCAAAUCAUCGAAUUUGCGAAAAUGGUACCUGGAUUCAUGAAAUUGUCCCAAGACGAUCAGAUCGUAUUAUUGAAAGCAGGUAGUUUUGAACUGGCAAUUAUUAGAAUGUCACGUUAUUUGGAUCUGUCCCAAAACUGUGUUCUCUACGGCGAUACGAUGCUCCCCCAAGACGCCUUCUUCACGUCGGAUACGGCGGAAAUGAAGCUGGUCACGUGCGUCUUCGAAGUGUCCAAAAGCAUAGCAGAACUGAAACUUACCGAAACAGAGUUGGCUCUGUAUUCGGCCUGCGUCUUGCUCUCUCCAGAUCGGCCGGGGCUGAAAGGUAUCGGCGAAAUCAGUCGACUUAGCCAAGCCGUCGUGAGAGCCUUAAGACUUGAGCUAGACAGAAACCACAGCAUGCCUAUAAAAGGGGAUGUUACAGUUUGUGAUGCCUUGCUUACAAAAAUACCUACGUUAAGGGAGAUAAGUAUGCUUCACAUGGAUGCAUUAGGAAAACUCAAAAGAUCUGCACCACACCUGGAGUUUCCCGCCCUUCACAAGGAGUUGUUUAGUGUGGACAGUUGAAAAACUUCAGCAGAAUCUUCUGAUCCGUAGCAACAUAGCUACUAUUCCUUCAUACUGAAUGUAUCGGCCUUAAAUACAUAAAUAUAAAGUAUAAUUUCGUUAUAAUGAGAUAAAAUUUAUUGUUGUGACAUAGAAAUAAAGAACCGCAGAUCUCUAAGUAUUAUUUAAAAAACUGCAAAAGCUCUAUGAAGCCGGGCCCUGAUUUCAAAGUACAACUUAUUGUUUGUUGUUUGUUAUUAUAUCUACGCAGUGUGUUAUUAUAUGGUUCUGAAUCCUAGGUGCUGAAUAAAAUCGAUUGGUAUAUUUUUGCGGUUUUUUAAAUGAAAUAUUUACGUAUCGUAAUCUGCCACUUAACGUAACACGCUAAUUACACGUAAGAUUAAAGUUAUACACUAUUGAUAUAUAAUAUAUGACCAACAAGUUAUAAGUCAGUGAAACUCUUGUUUAGUUUUACGUAUUUAAAGAAAAAAUCAUACUUAGACUGCGUUUAUAUUAUAAUAAUACGUAAGUAUACUGAAAUCACUUUAGUUGGUAGUGUUGAAAUAGAUAACAUACAAUACAUUAUAAAUAUAGACAAGACUGUAUGCUUACACUGUAGAGUUUUUAACUGGUUUUUAACUUGUUGUUUUUUAGUUAAGUUUUACUUGGUGACACAUGGUUUUAUAAAAAUAUAUAUAAAAGAGAUGUAUAUGUAUAAAGUAUAUGAAAUAGUAUAUAGAGUAUUUAUGAAAUAGAACUAUAUCUGAUUCUUGUUUUACGGAUUUUGUUUUAUUAUGGAUUCGAACAUAAUUUUUUUUCCAUAAUAAAAUGAAAAUUUUGCGAUCGUGAUAACAGACUUUUUUCAGCUUUUACAAUUUAUAGAUUUGUUAGAUUUGCAAGGAAAUUACACGAACACGGAGAACAAACUUGGAUCGCAGCAGCUACUUGCCUCUCUUCAUUUUUCUCGGUAUUAAUGUCAAAAGUUAAGUAUGUUUAUGUAAUUUCCCGUCGAAAAUGCCAGAAUGAAUAGUUCUAAUUUUUAAGUUAGUUUUAACGUGCUUGUACAUGUUAACCAUUGUUAAAUCUCAUUUUAACUUAGUACUUUCAACCCAGUGUUAUAAAGCUAUUUAUGUAAUUAGAAUCUUUGUAGGUAUGAAACAAACCUAACAUCACAUUUUUUUUAAACAAAAACUCAAAGGUCUUGUAUUAUAGAAAAUUUUUGUAUUUUAAUAAUAAUUGUAGUUUCUUCCGUUUUGACAAUGGUUAACAUCCAUGAGAGGCUAUUGGUUAUUUUUGUAUUUAACGAACCAUGUAAUUUUAGAAAUAACUAUUUUUUGGAGAUUACUAUAAAGACAUGGCUGUGUUACAUACAUGAUAACAGUUUUACGAAGUGUAAUUUGCCUUUUUUGUGUUAACUUUUUGUUAAAUAAAGAAAUUACAAUCUUCCACAAUAUUUUAUUUUAAAUAUAAUAUUUUUGCAAACAUAUCACUAAUUCCGCGCUAUGUUGUAUUUCUCGUUGACAAUUUAUUUAACGUAAAGUUAACAAAUUUGCGAGUUGCAAGUGCGUAAAAAUAGCCACUUUUGUAAAUGAGGGUUGGCAGUGGGUAAUGGUAUAGCUAUUGUUAAAUGAUUAUUAUGAACUAAAAUGUUUAAAAAACAUGUACCUUGGGCUACAAACUGUACAUUAUCUUAAUUUAUUAGAAUCCUUUAUACUGCUGGUGAAAUUUUUUUAGUGUAGAUGUUGCUAACAUUUUGUUUAUAUUAUAUAUAUUAUAUAUAUUUUAUUUCUGUUGGUCUAUGACAAUUAUUACAGUUUGUUAAUAUUUUUGUUAGUAUUUUAUUUUUCCUCCUAAUAAUCUCUUUCUGUAGUUGUAUAGUUUCUCUUCAGCUAAGUGCAAUUUCACAACAAAAAUAUUAUCGAAACGUAAUAAAUUGUUCGCGACACCAGUAGAAAUUAUAUAUAUUUUUUUGUAUUUA